CAAACGGAUCCCUCCUUCUCAUCAUCCUCCUCCUCCUCUUGGCUCAGCAGGGAGUUCAGCAGCUCCGUGAAAGUACGGCGUGGGAGUACGGCGUCUUGUAGAAACGGUCUUCAAUCAAACAAAGCCUGUCUGUUCUUUGCGUAUGCGUACACUAGCCAGCCAUCUCUUGCAUUCUGCAUGCCGCUCAGGCUUCCGUAGGUUUUCGACAGCUCCGACUCAUCUGCCUAUCCCAGUCUUGUACUUGGACAAGAGCAUCAUAGCGGUGAACAAACCAAAGGGAUUCUUGUGUCAGUAUGAUAAGACGGGAAAGCAGGCCGGGGACGAGCAAGUCGCGUCUACACUCAGCAUCAUGAGCGAGGUUCAACGAGCUUUCAACCUUCCGUACCUCCCAUAUGUCGUUCACCGCCUUGACAGGGAAACUACGGGGGCCCUACUUUAUGCUACUACGUCUAGGCAAGCAGCUACCAUCUCGCUUCAGUUCAGCCAGCGCACUAUACGGAAGACAUACCUAGCAAUAGUGCGCGGCGGUGCAGACCGCUUUCCUCAACGAACUGGAGUGAUUGAGGGGAUCAUGCAGAAGCUGAGAGGGCCAGGGGGACUGAUCACGACUCGACCUUGCUCAGACCCUACACUCAUUCGCAGGAAAGCGGAGGUGAUGUCUGAGUGGGAGCUGCUUGCUACUUCGCCGGUGGCACCUCUCAGUCUUGUCGCGGUGCGACCGCGGACUGGUUUCAUGCAUCAGAUUCGUGUGCAUAUGGCGGAGGUCCUUGACGUUCCCAUUCUUGGAGACGUCAGAUACACCGGCACCCAUACCGCCGGACUAGAUCCCUCUAUCACAAGCGUGAUGUCCGUUCCGGAGGACGAUCUCUUCCUACAUGCCGCAGAGAUAUCAUUCUUCCGUUAUAGUCGAUCCCACAAACGAGCCAUGUUGAGCAUAUGCGCACCUCUGCCCGAGUCGUGGAUACAAUUUUGCAGGGAGUUUGAGAUACCGCUUCCCGACCGAUAUGUCAAAGGGGGUCUGUCUGUCGAUGGCGCUCCAGUGCAAGGACCACAUCCUACCUUGGAACAUCUGGGUGGGCGGUGGAUGCCUUCGCCAGAUUGGCAAUCGGAUGCCGCUUCCCCUGCAUCGCCGUGAUUGUUGCCGCCUAAUGCUACUCAUGAGGGUGCUUCCAGCCUGCAUUAGUCAGACGACGCUCGCAACAUCCAAGGCGAUCACAUUAGACCAAACCAUGAUGCAGACAAUACAGACGCAAUAUUAUUUGUGCGCCCAGCGCACUGCUUCGUAACGUUCAUU